UGACUCGAUUCCUCAGUUCAACCGUCCGAAACAAUUAAACUCCUUCGGAGGCAGCCUCGUCUCCGACACCAUCGCCGCGCUCCGCGAACUCGAUGACCAUCCCGAUACCACCUUCACCGUCAUCACCGGUGAGGGGAGAUUCUUCGCUGCGGGGGCCGAUGUCACCAGUGCGUUUGCUCCCCUUUCCUUAGCCUCUCCUCUUCCAUGCCCAUUGAACCCCCUCCAUUUCCCUCGCCGAGAUAUCAAGGAACCGGAGACUCCGCAGGAACGACAUCGCGAUCUCGCAAUUCCUCGUCUCGUCUCUCUGAUUUGGGGAGGUAUAUAUCACACCUUCUCUAAGCGCUGAUUCCAAAAACAAAACAGACGUUGCCUCCAUGACUUCAUCCUUCGCCCACGACGGCGCCAAGAAGGUCUUCUUCGCCACGCGUCUCGCGGAGGGCGUCGAGCUCGCGCGCUCGCUGAUCGACCACAAGAAAGUCCUGGUCCUCGCCAUGAACGGGCCCGGGGUCGGCGCCGGCGCGGCCUGGUUCCAGGGGAGCAGCGACCUCUUCUACGCGGCGGAGGGCGCCUGGCUGCACGUGACCUUCAGCCAGCUGGGCCUGGUGCCGGAGAACGGGUCGGCGUACAGCUGGGCGAACAGCCUGGGCUCGCACCGGGCGAACGAGAUCCUGAUGCUCGGCGAGCGGGUGACGGUCGAGGAGCUGCAGAAGGUCGGCAUGGUGAACCGCGUCUUCCCCAAGGACGGCUUCCACGACAGCAUCCAGGCCCACCUCAGGGAGGUGCUCCGCGAGAGGGACGGGAAGAGCAUGAUGGAGAUGAAGAGGUUGGCGAAUGCGCCCCUCAGGGAGAAGAGGAUCGUGGCCCUGUUCGAUUCGUGGAAUGCGCUGUCCGAGAGGUUCGUGGACGGCGAGCCGUCGAGGAGGAUGGGCGCGAAGAAGGAUGAGUUGGAAGCGAAACGUAAAGCGAAACAGUCGAAGAUUUAGGAUCGAAAAGUUUCCAGGUACAUAUAACGACGAUAUGUGUCCAAACUUGGUCGCAGGCCGCAAGAAGAAUCGUCCGCGUGAGAUUUAAAGAGCCGGC